AUGACGACCGAUGAAACGACACCCCUCCUUCCCAAAAAUGAACCCGCCAAGAAGAACCGCGUAGGGUCUUGGCUGAAGCGGGCCUUCAAGGUCGAGAAUCGGAUCCUUCUUGCGGGGUUUCUGAUCACGUUGAGCUUUAGUUUCACGCAGGUCCCGUUGUUUUAUGUCUUUCACCUAAUGACAUGUGACACGUUUUAUGAUUCUCAUCCGCCGUAUGAAGGACCCGGGGAUAGAUGCAGUCGAGAUGAGAUUGCGGCGGGAACGGCUACCCAGUUCAGUAUCCUGGGUAUGAGCACGACUUUCUGCGGAACUUUGAACCUCUUUGUGGCGGGAUGGACCGUCAAGAAGUUUGGCCCGAAGGCAGCUCUGCUCGCUCAAAUAUUUAUCCCGGCCAUCCGAGUCGUGACACAAAUCAUUGGUGUCGUCGCUGGUAAGAGUGAAGGCAUGAUGAUUAUCCAGGCGACUCAGCUCAUCACGAUUCUUGGCGGACCUGCGGGUUACAUUUUGGUGGUUAAUAUCAUUGCUGGAGAAGUUGUUGAACCCCUUAGACGCACUGCGGUGUUUGGUCAGCUUCAGGGAGCUAUUAUGCUGGGCCAGGGUCUGGGAUAUCUCACCGGCGGUAUGAUUGGAGAUGCGAUUGACAUCAGAGCUCCUUUCGACGUGGCCUUCGUCUCAUUCAUCCUCGCGGGUAUCUACGUCUUCUUCUCUCUGCCUUACAUCUCCCCAGAGCCCAUGUCCAACGGUCAGAAGCCAGGCCAGCGAGGCGUUUCCGGCUUCCUCGCUCCUCUCAGAGUCCUCACACCUCAAACACUGCGCCUCAAGGAUGGAAAGUACAGGAAGCAUUACGGUAUCAUCUUUCUCUGCAGCGGCAUUUUUCUCGGCGUGCUCGCCACAGGCUAUGCCCCUCUUUUGAUCCAGAUGUACGCCACGGCAGCCUUUGACUUUGAUCAAGGCAACAAUGGCUGGCUCAUGUCCGAGUUUGCUUUCAUGAGGAGUUUCUUCCUCAUCUUCAUGUUUCCUCCCAUCAUCGCAUGGGGACGUCGCCGAUUUUCAUCCAAGCCCUUGUCAGAGGUACCGGAGGAAGUUGUUGACGAUGCUACGUCACAGCAUUUGCCAACCUCUGCUGGCGAAUUUGAUGCUACGCUUGGUGAGCAGGCGGACCAUGAGCCGUAUGAGGCUCCGCCUUCUAAGAAGGAGGAUGAUGGCUGUCUCUUUGACCUGGUUUUCUUGCGGUGGAGUCUUGUUGUCGAUGGAGCUCUCACAACCGUAGCAGCCUUUGCGACGCGUCCAUGGCACAUUUAUCUCUCCGCAUUUCUGCUUCCAUUCGGCUCGGGGUCUGCACCCGCUGCCAAGGGUGUGAUUACCCAAAUGUGCCCCGAUUCUCAACGUGCAGAUGCCCUCAAUGCUGUCACCCUUGUCGAGAAUGUGGCACGGCUCGCAACCCAGGGUCUCUUUGGAUUCAUCUUUGCCAGUCUUGCUGAAGCUGGCAAGGCGUACGCAACAUUUUUCUGCAAUGCGGCUAUCGCUUUGCUUGCCAUGGGAGUACUGCUAUUCUCCAACUUCCCUCCCGCUGGAAGCACUCUCGUGGAGAAGUAUGUGGAAGAGGCAGAAGGCGCCGAAGAGCGUGAGCCUUUAGUGGGUUAA